AAUGUUGGUCUUUGGUGCAUAUUGCAUAACUGGGAUGCUGUUUUGACCAAUCAGGACCAGAUCUAUCCAUUUCAAACUAACCACAAUCAUGCAUAUUUGUCCUGUAUAUCUUUUGACAGUCCCCUUUUCAUGGAUGUAGGCCCUUGCCUCUUCAAUCUGAGAAUCAAUGGCAGUGAAGGAAGUGCAGAGGUGUGCUGGCAGUGAUGCCUGUCCGGGCCUGUUUGUGGCUGUGAGUGAGGGAAUGUGUUUUUCUUUUAAUUAUAUUGUGGGAGCUGUUGAGCUCUGUCUGACAGAAGCCCUGAUAGCUGUUUCUCACUAAGCCCGAUAACAAGGCCCUGUUGGGCCGGGACUAAAGCCACGGCACUGAUGAACAAAAGACAGGAGCUUUAGUCAGGGGUCCGCAAACUGCUGACUCUCAGCGCCAGCUAAUGCAGCAUUCUGUCCUGUCUCCCUGUUGUCGGCCUCUGUCCACAUCCUUCUCUUUUUUUUUUUUUCUCCACUGCAUUCUCGUUCACUUUUGACACCAACAUGCCCCCCAACAAAGAAACCCGAAAUCACACUCUCUGUGUCUACCUCCGACCCCCUCCUGUAUCGGUUUGCCCUCUCUUCCCGAGUCAGUGACCGUCUCCGCUUCAUGCUCGCUGGAAGUGAUCUGCUCACAGCACCCGGCCCGAGGUCUGACCCGUAUCAGUGGUGCGUGGGAUGCGUGAGCGUGUAUCUUGUCUUCUGCCAUGUGUGAGUGUCUGCGAGGGAUCUUCCGUGUCACCUGGACACCCUCUUCAGAUGCAGACUCUGACCGAGAGGACAGUCAUGGGAGUCCAGAAGCCAGAGAUUUACCUGUAAACAACAAAAAACGCUCUCCGCCCUCAGACAGGCCUCCCUUUGGCGCUCAUCUAAGUACACACCACAGCAUCUCUGCUGAUGAACAGGACAGCCCAGAGCGAAUUGUUCAGAAGGAAAAACUCCAUGCAGAACUAAAACAAGUUUUGAGUCAAAAGAGAAGCCAGCUUAGAGACACCCAAUCCACCCUCACAGACAUGGAGGAACCCCCCAAGACAGACAAUAAGAAUGAGGUGGAGAAGGACAACCAGUUGUCAGAGCUUGUGGAAGUGGUUGUUGAAACAGAGGCUGAGGUUGGAGCUAGUGGGUACAGUGUUGUGGGUGGAGGGGAGCAAGGCAUCUUCAUCAAAGAGGUCUUGAAAGACUCCCCCGCUGCAAAGCACCUCAGUCUACAGAAAGGAGAUCAACUGCUAAGUGCCAGGGUGUAUUUUGAUAACGUCAAAUAUGAGGACGCAUUAAAAAUUCUUCAGUGUGCAGAACCCUACAAAGUGUCCUUCUUUUUGAAGAGGACUGUGCCAGGAAGUGAAGUCAGCAUACAUCCAGGUGCACAAAAUCUUGAGCUCAGAGGACCUAAGGCCAAGAUGCAAAAAAUGAGCGUCAAAAGUGUGAAACCAUUCAAAACCAAGAAAAGGAGAGGAGGAAGAUUUGGGUUGAAAAGACUGAAAGAGAACAAAAAAGCUAGAGCAUGGGCAGAGCUGGAUGUUGAGGGAUCACCUGGUAGAUCAGACCUCAGUCCUGUAGAUGUUGAGUUUGUAUUCCCGAAGUUCAAGAUAAGGAAAGGUGGGAAGGCCACUGCAGAUGGAUCAGAACAUCUGGAGGGUGUUAUCACUAGUACUAAGAAGAAGAGGAAGAUCAGAUUUCCAAAGAUGAAGGCCAUGGAUGCUGCUGUUGGUGAAGGGAAGUUUAAUGUAGAUGUUUCAACACAUGAGGGAGAGGCCUCUGGAUCCAAGCUGAAGGCCAAGACGAAAGGUCCAAAAUUUGGAAUGAAUUUCCCAAAAAUUAAAAAGUCAAAGUUAGAUGUACAAUCUUCAAAUGACGGCUUUGAGGUGAAAGAACUAGAAGGCAAAUUUAAGCCUCCAUCAGUAGAGUGUGAUUUCAACAUCCCUCAGAGCAAGGCUGAAACUAAUGUUUCUAAUUUCGAGGUUAGUGUUAAAGGAAAAGGAGAGGGUCCUGAGAUAAAAAUGCCAAAUAUAAAUCUGGAUGUCUCAGAUACAAAGGUGACAGUCCCAAAGUUCAAACUGCCAAAGGUAAGACUUUCUUCUCAUUCAGAUGAAAUUGAUGGAGAGGCAAGUAAAGAAACCGAUACAUUUGAAAAUAAACUGAAAAUGCCCAAGAUUGACAUUAAAGCACCAAAUGUGGAUUUGGACUUGCAUCUCUCAAAGACUAAGGGCAAGGCUGAAUUCAAAGAUGUUGAAGUUCCCGAUUGCAUUGUAAGAGGAACAAAAAUCAACACCACCAAGCCUGACACAUCAUUACCAGUGCUAAACCUUGAUGUAAAACAAAAAUUUGGAGAUGACAUUGAUGGAUCCAUGGACAAAGUGCAUAAGAUUUCCCUCCCCAAAUUUGACAUUGCAGGGCCCAAGAUAGAGACGUCAGAUGUGGACAUUGGUCUUCCUACAUUAGAUAUGUCAUUACCAAAGAUGGCUACAAAAAACAUUGAUACUGAGGGACAUGCGAGUACUGGGGUAAAAUUUGAAAUGACAAAAUUAGACAUCUCUCUUCCAAAAAUAACAUCCCCUGAGGGUGACAUCAUAGUUGAAGAACCUGGAGGAAAAGGUGGAACAAUUCACAAGCCAAACAUCAGUAUUCCAUUACCAAAAGGUAAAGGUGAAGCAAAGGUGGAUGGUCAUUCUGAGAAAGGGCCAAGUGUGAAAAUGCCACAAAUAGACAUUUCCCUCCCCAAAAUGAAAUUACCACAAGGUAAAAUUGAUAUUGAAGGGCCUGAGGUUGACAUUUCUUUGCCGAAAGAAAGGCUAGAGGGGGAUGCAAAUAUUGAGGGCCACUUUGGAAAAGGGGGAAAGAUUAAAAUGCCUAGAGUAGAUGUCACCCUACCUAAUGUGAAAUCAUCUGAGCAUGCCAUUGCUGAAGGGCAUGAUAUAAAAGCAGGAAAAUUGAGUAUGCCAUCAAUUGAAAUUUUACUUCCUACAGGCGAAACUGAGGUUGGAGCUGAUAUUUCAUUACCAAAAGGAAAAACAAAUGAACAGAUAAAUCUUGAGGUUGAGAAGGGAGAUAUGUUUCAGAUUCCUAAAUCUGAUAUAAAUCUACCUAAACUCAAAUUAGGAGAAGUUGAUUUUGAUGUUAAAAGAACCGAUGGGAAGUUUCACAUGCCAGCAAUUGAUAUUUCUUUGCCACAUAGAAAAGAUCAAAAAGAUAUUCAUGUGGAACCCUCUGGUAAAGGUGGAAAGGUUGAAAUGCCAAAGGUUGAUAUCUCUCUGCCUGCAGUGAAAGCUUCUGGUGUUGAGAUUUCCUUGCCAAAAUUGAAGUCGCCACAAGGUGACAUCAGUAUUGAAGGGCCUGACUGCAAAAGAUUGAACAUGCCAUCUGUUGAUAUAUCAUUUCCAAAAGUAACAGACACAGGUAAUGUUGAUCUCAAGAGACAUUCAGGAAAAAUAGGGAAGUUUGAUAUUCCAAAACUGGAUAUUUCCUUACCAAAAUUUGAAUCAACCAAAGGGGAACUCAGCGUGGAAGGACCUGAAUUCAAAGGUGGCAAAUUAAAUAUACCGUCUUUUAAUAUCUCCUCAGCAGAGGUUAAAACAGAGGGUGAUGUUUGUCUGGAGGGAGAAACCAAAAAGGGCACAAAAUUUCAAAUGCCAAAAUUGGAUAUUAAUUUACCACAAAUAAAAUCAGUAGGGACUGAAACAAAUAUUGAAGGACCUGAAGUGAAAGGUGGAAAGAUAGAUAUGCCAGAUGUUGACAUUUCUCUUCCACAAGGAAAGGUAAAGGGAGAUGGCAAAGUUAAUGUCAGUAAGCGGGGCAAGUUUCAUUUCCCUCAAGUUGAUUUGUCACUUCCAAAGUUUAAAACAAGAUCUGUGGAAGUCAAUAUUGAAGGACUUGAGGUAAAAAGAAGCAAAGUUCACACACCUUCCCUUGACAUUUCUUUGCCUAAAGAUAAAACAGAGACAAACAUUGAUAUAGAAGGCCAUUCUGGAACAGGUAUAAAGUAUGAAAUGCCAAAAAUUGAUGUUUCACUGCCAAAAGUAAAAGCUCCAGAAGGAGAUGUGGCUGUCGAAGGACAUGAAGGAAAGGGAAGAAAAUGUGAAAUGCCUAAAUUUGAUGUUUCCUUGCCUAAAUUAAAACCAUCAGCAGGAGAAAUCAGUGUUGAAGGCCCCGAUAUCAAGGGUGGAAAGUUUCACAUGCCAUCUAUAGAUAUCUCUCUGCCAGGAGGAGGAGCAGGAGGAGAUGUAGAUGUUGAAGGACAUGCAGGAAAAGGAAGAAAAUUUGAAAUGCCUAAAUUUGAUGUUUCCUUGCCUAAAUUAAAACCAUUAGCAGGAGAAAUCAAUGUUGAAGACCCCAAUAUCAAGGGUGGAAAGUUUCACAUGCCCUCUAUAGAUAUCUCUCUGCCAGGAGGAGGAGCAGGAGGAGAUGUAGAUGUUGAAGGACCUGCAGGAAAAGGAAGAAAAUUUGAAAUGCCUAAAUUUGAUGUUUCCUUGCCUAAAUUAAAACCAUCAGCAGGAGAAAUCAAUGUUGAAGACCCCAAUAUCAAGGGUGGAAAGUUUCACAUGCCCUCUAUAGAUAUCGCUCUGCCUGGAGGAGGAGCAGGAGGAGAUGUAGAUGUUGAAGGACAUGCAGGAAAAGGAAGAAAAUUUGAAAUGCCUAAAUUUGAUGUUUCCUUGCCUAAAUUAAAACCAUCAGGAGGUGAAAUGGACAUUGAAGGUCCCGAUAUCGAGGGUGGAAAGUUUCACAUGCCCUCUAUUGAUAUCUCUCUAUCUGGAGGAGGAGGAGGAGCAGGAGGAGAUGUAGAUGUUGAAGGACCUGCAGGAAAAGGAAGAAAAUUUGAAAUGCCUAAAUUAGAUGUUUCCUUGCCAAAAUUAAAACCAUCCGGCGGUGAAGUUGACGUUCAAGGUCCUGAUAUCAAGGGUGGAAUGUUUCACAUGACCUCUAUAGAUAUCUCUCUGCCUGGAGGAGGAGCAGGAGGAGAUUUAGAUGUUGAAGGACAUGGUGGAAAAGGAAGAAAAUUUGAAAUGCCUAAAUUUGAUGUUUCCUUGCCUAAAUUAAAACCAUCAGCAGGAGAAAUCAAUGUUGAAGGUCCCGAUAUCAAGGGUGAAAAGAUUCAAAUGCCCUCUAUAGAUAUCUCUCUGCCUGCAGGAGGAGCAGGAGGAGAUGUAGAUGUUGAAGGACCUGCAGGAAAAGGAAGAAAAUUUGAAAUGCCAAAAUUAGAUGUUUCUUUGCCAAAAUUAAAACCAUCAGCAGGAGAAAUCAAUGUUAAAGGUCCUGAUAUCAAGGGAGGAGCAGGAGGAGAUUUAGAUGUUGAAGGACAUGCAGGAAAAGGAAGAAAAUUUGAAAUGCCUAAAUUUGAUGUUUCCUUGCCUAAAUUAAAACCAUCAGCAGGAGAAAUCAAUGUUGAAGGCCCCGAUAUCAAGGGUGGAAAGAUUCAAAUGCCCUCUAUAGAUAUCUCUGCCUGCAGGAGGAGCAGGGGAGAUGUAGAUGUUGAAGGACCUGCAGGAAAAGGAAGAAAAUUUGAAAUGCCUAAAUUUGAUGUUUCCUUGCCUAAAUUAAAACCAUCAGCAGGAGAAAUCAAUGUUAAAGGUCCCGAUACCAAGGGUGGAAAAUUUCACAUGCCCUCAAUAGAUAUAUCUCUGCCUGCAGGAGGAGCAGGGGGAGAUGUAGAUGUUGAAGGACCUGCAGGAAAAGGAAGAAAAUUUGAAAUGCCUAAAUUUGAUGUUUCCUUGCCUAAAUUAAAACCAUCAGUAGGAGAAAUCAAUGUUGAAGGCCCCGAUAUCAAGGGUGGAAAGAUUCAAAUGCCCUCUAUAGCUAUCUCUCUGCCUGCAGGAGGAGCGGGGGGAGAUGUAGAUGUUGAAGGACCUGCAGGAAAAGGAAGAAAAUUUGAAAUGCCUAAAUUUGAUGUUUCCUUGCCUAAAUUAAAACCAUCAGCAGGAGAAAUCAAUGUUAAAGGUACCGAUAUCAAGGGUGGAAAAUUUCACAUGCCCUCUAUAGAUAUCUCUCUGCCAGGAGGAGGAGCAGGAGGAGAUGUAGCUGUUGAAGGUCAUGCAGGAAAAGGAAGAAAAUUUGAAAUGCCUAAAUUUGAUGUUUCUUGAAGAAAAUUUGAAAUGCCUAAAUUUGAUGUUUCCUUGCCUAAAUUAAAACCAUCAGUAGGAGAAAUCAAUGUUGACGGCCCCGAUAUCAAGGGUGGAAAGAUUCAAAUGCCCUCUAUAGAUAUCUCUCUGCCUGCAGGAGGAGCGGGGGGAGAUGUAGAUGUUGAAGGACCUGCAGGAAAAGGAAGAAAAUUUGAAAUGCCUAAAUUUGAUGUUUCCUUGCCUAAAUUAAAACCAUCAGCAGGAGAAAUCAAUGUUGACGGCCCCGAUAUCAAGGGUGGAAAGAUUCAAAUGCCCUCUAUAGAUAUCUCUCUGCCAGGAGGAGCAGGAGAUGUAGAUGUUGAAGGUCAUGCAGGAAAAGGAAGAAAAUUUGAAAUGCCAAAAUUAGAUGUUUCUUUGCCAAAAUUAAAACCAUCAGUAGGAGAAAUCAAUGUUGACGGCCCCGAUAUCAAGGGUGGAAAGAUUCAAAUGCCCUCUAUAGAUAUCUCUCUGCCUGCAGGAGGAGCAGGAGGAGAUGUAGCUGUUGAAGGACAUGCUGGAAAAGAAAGAAAAUUUGAAAUGCCUAAAUUUGAUGUUUCCUUGCCUAAAUUAAAACCAUCAGCAGGAGAAAUCAAUGUUGAAGGUCCCGAUAUCAAGGGUGGAAAAUUUCACAUGCCCUCUAUAGAUAUCUCUCUGCCAGGAGGAGGAGCAGGAGGAGAUGUAAAUGUUGAAGGACAUGCAGGAAAAGGAAGAAAAUUUGAAAUGCCUAAAUUUGAUGUUUCCUUGCCUAAAUUAAAACCAUCACCAGGAGAAAUCAAUGUUCAAGGUCCUGAUAUCAAGGGUGGAAUGUUUCACAUGCCCUCUAUAGAUAUCUCUCUGCCUGCAGGAGGAGCAGGGGGAGAUGUAGAUGUUGAAGGACCUGCAGGAAAAGGAAGAAAAUUUGAAAUGCCUAAAUUUGAUGUUUCCUUGCCUAAAUUAAAACCAUCAGAAAAAAUUGAAAUGCCUAAAUUUGAUGUUUCCUUGCCUAAAUUAAAACCAUCAGCAGGAGAAAUCAAUGUUAAAGGUACCGAUAUCAAGGGUGGAAAAUUUCACAUGCCCUCUAUAGAUAUCUCUCUGCCAGGAGGAGGAGCAGGAGGAGAUGUAGCUGUUGAAGAUAUCUCUCUGCCUGCAGGAGGAGAUGUAGAUGUUGAAGGACCUGCAGGAAAAGGAAGAAAAUUUGAAAUGCCUAAAUUAGAUAUUUCCUUGCCUAAAUUAAAACCAUCAGGAGGUGAAAUCAAUGUUGAAGGCCCCGAUAUCAAGGGUGGAAAGAUUCACAUGCCCUCUAUAGAUAUCUCUCUGCCUGGAGGAGGAGCAGGAGGAGAUGUAGAUGUUGAAGGACCUGCAGGAAAAGGGGAAAAAAUUGAAAUGCCUAAAUUUGAUGUUUCCUUGCCUAAAUUAAAACCAUCAGGAGGUGAAAUCAACAUUGAAGGCCCCGAUAUCAAGGGUGGAAAGUUUCACAUGCCCUCUAUAGAUAUAUCUCUGCCUGGAGGAGGAGCAGGAGGAGAUGUAGAUGUUGAAGGACAUGCAGGAAAAGGAAGAAAAUUUGAAAUGCCUAAAUUAGAUGUUUCCUUGCCUAAAUUAAAAAUGCCUAAAUUAGAUGUUUCCUUGCCUAAAUUAAAACCAUCAGCAGGAGAAAUCAAUGUUAAAGGCCCCGAUAUCAAGGGUGGAAAGAUUCACAUGCCCUCUAUAGAUAUCUCUCUGCCUGGAGGAGGAGCAGGAGGAGAUGUAGAUGGUGGAAAAUUUCACAUGCCCUCUAUAGAUAUCUCUCUGCCAGGAGGAGGAGCAGGAGGAGAUGUAGAUGUUGAAGGACAUGGUGGAAAGGGAAGAAAAUUUGAAAUGCCUAAAUUAGAUAUUUCCUUGCCUAAAUUAAAACCAUCAGCAGGAGAAAUCAAUGUUGAAGGUCCCGAUAUCAAGGGUGGAAAGAUUCACAUGCCCUCUAUAGAUAUCUCUCUGCCUGCAGGAGGAGAUGUAGAUGUUGAAGGACCUGCAGGAAAAGGAGGAAAAUUUGAAAUACCAAAAUUAGAUGUUUCUUUGCCUAAAUUAAAACCAUCAGGAGGUGAAAUCAAUGUUGAAGACCCCAAUAUCAUGGGUGGAAAGUUUCACAUGCCCUCUAUUGAUAUAUCUCUGCCAGGAGGAGGAGCAGGAGGAGAUGUAGAUGUUGAAGGACAUGGUGGAAAGGGAAGAAAAUUUGAAAUGCCUAAAUUAGAUAUUUCCUUGCCUAAAUUAAAACCAUCAGCAGGAGAAAUCAAUGUUGAAGGCCCCGAUAUCAAGGGUGGAAAGAUUCACAUGCCCUCUAUAGAUAUCUCUCUGCCUGGAGGAGGAGCAGGAGGAGAUGUAGAUGUUGAAGGACAUGCAGGAAAAGGAAGAAAAUUUGAAAUGCCUAAAUUUGAUGUUUCCUUGCCUAAAUUAAAACCAUCACCAGGAGAAAUCAAUGUUGAAGGCCCCGAUAUCAAGGGUGGGAAGAUUCACAUGCCCUCUAUAGAUAUCUCUCUGCCUGGAGGAGGAGCAGGAGGAGAUGUAGAUGUUGAAGGACCUGCAGGAAAAGGAAGAAAAUUCAAAAUGCCAAAAUUAAAACCAAUAGGAGGUGAAGUUGACGUUCAAGGUCCCGAUAUGAAGGGUGGAAAGUUUCACAUGCCCUCUAUAGAUAUCUCUCUGCCUGGGGGAGGAGCAGGAGGAGAAGUAUAUGUUGAAGGCCAUGCAAAAAAAGGAAAAAAAAUUGAAAUGCCUAAAUUUGAUGUUUCCUUGCCUAAAUUAAAACCAUCAGGAGGUGAAAUCAACAUUGAAGGCCCCGAUAUCAAGGGUGGAAAAUUUCACAUGCCGUCUAUUGAUAUCUCUCUGCCAGGAGGAGGAGCAGGAGGAGAUGUAGAUGUUGAAGGACAUGGUGGAAAGGGAAGAAAAUUUGAAAUGCCUAAAUUUGAUAUUUCCUUGCCUAAAUUAAAACCAUCAGCAGGAGAAAUCAAUGUUGAAGGCCCCGAUAUCAAGGGUGGAAAGAUUCCCAUGCCCUCUAUAGAUAUCUCUCUGCCUGGGGGAGGAGCAGGAGGAGAAGUAUAUGUUGAAGGCCAUGCAAAAAAAGGGAAAAAAAUUGAAAUGCCUAAAUUUGAUGUUUCCUUGCCUAAAUUUAAACCAUCAGGAGGUGAAAUCAACAUUGAAGGUCCCGAUAUGAAGGGUGGAAAGUUUCACAUGCCCUCUAUUGAUAUCUCUCUGCCAGGAGGAGGAGCAGGAGGAGAUGUAGAUGUUGAAGGACAUGCAGGAAAAGGAAAAAAAUUCAAAAUGCCAAAAUUAAAACCAAUAGGAGGUGAAGUUGACGUUCAAGGUCCCGAUAUGAAGGGUGGAAAGUUUCACAUGCCCUCUAUAGAUAUAUCGCUGCCUGGAGGAGGAGCAGGAGGAGAUGUAGAUGUUGAAGGACAUGCAGGAAAAGGAAGACAAUUUGAAAUGCCUAAAUUAGAUGUUUCCUUGCCUAAAUUAAAACCAUCAGCAGGAGAAAUCAAUGUUGAAGGCCCCGAUAUCAAGGGUGGAAAAUUUCACAUGCCUCUAUUGAUAUCUCUGCCUGGAGGAGGAGCAGGAGGAGAUGUAGAUGUUGAAGGACAUGGUGGAAAGGGAAGAAAAUUUGAAAUGCCUAAAUUAGAUGUUUCCUUGCCUAAAUUAAAACCAUCAGCAGGAGAAAUCAAUGUUAAAGGCCCCGAUAUCAAGGGUGGAAAGAUUCACAUGCCCUCUAUAGAUAUCUCUCUGCCUGGAGGAGGAGCAGGAGGAGAUGUAGUUGUUGAAGGACAUGCAGGAAAAGGAAAAAAAAUUGAAAUGCCUAAAUUAGAUAUUUCCUUGCCUAAAUUAAAACCAUCAGCAGGAGAAAUCAAUGUUGAAGGCCCCGAUAUCAAGGGUGGAAAGAUUCACAUGCCCUCUAUAGAUAUCUCUCUGCCUGGAGGAGGAGCAGGGGGAGAUGUAGAUGUUGAAGGACCUGCAGGAAAAGGAGGAAAAUUCAAAAUGCCAAAAUUAAAACCAAUAGGAGGUGAAGUUGACGUUCAAGGUCCCGAUAUGAAGGGUGGAAAGUUUCACAUGCCCUCUGUUGAUAUCUCUCUACCUGGAGGAGGAGCAAGGGGAGAUGUAGAUGCUGAAGGACCUGCAGGAAAAGGAAGAAAAUUAAAAAUGCCAAAAUUAAAACCAUCAGGAGGUGAAGUUGAUGUUCAAGGUCCCGAUAUGAAGGGUGGAAAGUUUCACAUGCCCUCUAUAGAUAUAUCUCUGCCUGGAGGAGGAGCAGGAGGAGAUGCAGAUGUUGAAGGACAUGCAGGAAAAGGAAGAAAAUUUGAAAUGCCUAAAUUAGAUGUUUCCUUGCCUAAAUUAAAACCAUCAGCAGGAGAAAUCAAUGUUGAAGGCCCCGAUAUCAAGGGUGGAAAGAUUCACAUGCCCUCUAUAGAUAUAUCUCUGCCUGGAGGAGGAGCAGGGGGAGAUGUAGAUGUUGAAGGACCUGCAGGCAAAGGAAUAAAAUUCAAAAUGCCAAAAUUAAAUCCAUCAGGAGGUGAAGUUGACGUUCAAGGUCCUGAUAUCAAGGGUGGAAAGUUUCACAUGCCCUCUAUAGAUAUUUCCUUGCCUAAAUUAAAACCAUCAGGAGGUGAAGUUGACGUUCAAGGUCCCGAUAUGAAGGGUGGAAAGUUUCACAUGCCCUCUAUAGAUAUCUCUCUGCCUGGAGGAGGAGCAGGAGGAGAUGUAGAUGUUGAAGGACAUGCAGGAAAAGGAAGACAAUUUGAAAUGCCUAAAUUAGAUGUUUCCUUGCCUAAAUUAAAACCAUCAGCAGGAGAAAUCAAUGUUGAAGGCCCCGAUAUCAAGGGUGGAAAAUUUCACAUGCCGUCUAUUGAUAUCUCUCUGCCAGGAGGAGGAGCAGGAGGAGAUGUAGAUGUUGAAGGACAUGGUGGAAAGGGAAGAAAAUUUGAAAUGCCUAAAUUAGAUGUUUCCUUGCCUAAAUUAAAACCAUCAGCAGGAGAAAUCAAUGAAAAAAUUGAAAUGCCUAAAUUAGAUAUUUCCUUGCCUAAAUUAAAACCAUCAGCAGGAGAAAUCAAUGUUGAAGGCCCCGAUAUCAAGGGUGGAAAGAUUCACAUGCCCUCUAUAGAUAUCUCUCUGCCUGGAGGAGGAGCAGGGGAGAUGAGGAGCAGGGGAGAUGUAGAUGUUGAAGGACCUGCAGGAAAAGGAAGAAAAUUCAAAAUGCCAAAAUUAAAACCAUCAGGAGGUGAAGUUGAUGUUCAAGGUCCCGAUAUGAAGGGUGGAAAGUUUCACAUGCCCUCUAUAGAUAUAUCUCUGCCUGGAGGAGGAGCAGGAGGAGAUGCAGAUGUUGAAGGACAUGCAGGAAAAGGAAGAAAAUUUGAAAUGCCUAAAUUAGAUGUUUCCUUGCCUAAAUUAAAACCAUCAGCAGGAGAAAUCAAUGUUGAAGGCCCCGAUAUCAAGGGUGGAAAGAUUCACAUGCCCUCUAUAGAUAUAUCUCUGCCUGGAGGAGGAGCAGGGGGAGAUGUAGAUGUUGAAGGACCUGCAGGCAAAGGAAUAAAAUUCAAAAUGCCAAAAUUAAAUCCAUCAGGAGGUGAAGUUGACGUUCAAGGUCCCGAUAUGAAGGGUGGAAAGAAAAGGAAGAAAAUUAAAAUGCCAAAAUUAAAACCAUCAGGAGGUGAAGUUGAUGUUCAAGGUCCCGAUAUGAAGGGUGGAAAGUUUCACAUGCCCUCUAUAGAUAUAUCUCUGCCUGGAGGAGGAGCAGGAGGAGAUGCAGAUGUUGAAGGACAUGCAGGAAAAGGAAAAAUUGAAAUGCCUAAAUUAGAUGUUUCCUUGCCUAAAUUAAAACCAUCAGCAGGAGAAAUCAAUGUUGAAGGCCCCGAUAUCAAGGGUGGAAAGAUUCACAUGCCCUCUAUAGAUAUAUCUCUGCCUGGAGGAGGAGCAGGGGGAGAUGUAGAUGUUGAAGGACCUGCAGGCAAAGGAAUAAAAUUCAAAAUGCCAAAAUUAAAUCCAUCAGGAGGUGAAGUUGACGUUCAAGUAUCUCUGCCUGGAGGAGGAGCAGGAGGAGAUGUAGAUGUUGAAGGACCUGCAGGAAAAGGAAGAAAAUUUGAAAUGCCUAAAUUAGAUGUUUCCUUGCCUAAAUUAAAACCAUCAGCAGGAGAAAUCAAUGUUGAAGGCCCCGAUAUCAAGGGUGGAAAGAUUCACAUGCCCUCUAUAGAUAUAUCUCUGCCUGGAGGAGGAGCAGGGGGAGAUGUAGAUGUUGAAGGACCUGCAGGCAAAGGAAUAAAAUUCAAAAUGCCAAAAUUAAAACCAUCAGGAGGUGAAAUCAAUGUUGAAGGUCCCGAUAUCAAGGGUGGAAAGUUUCACAUGCCCUCUAUUGAUAUCUCUCUACCUGGAGGAGGAGCAGGGGGAGAUGUAGAUGUUGAAGGACCUGCAGGAAAAGGAAGAAAAUUUAAAAUGCCAAAAUUAAAACCAUCAGGAGGUGAAGUUGACGUUCAAGGUCCUGAUAUCAAGGGUGGAAAGUUUCACAUGCCCUCUAUAGAUAUCUCUCUUCCUGGAGGAGGAGCAGGAGGAGAUGUAGAUGUUGAAGGACCUGCAGGAAGAAAAUAUGAAAUGCCUAAAUUUGAUGUUUCCUUGCCUAAAUUAAAACCAUCAGCAGGAGAAAUCAAUGUUGAAGGCCCCGAUAUCAAGGGUGGAAAGAUUCACAUGCCCUCUAUAGAUAUCUGUCUGCCUGGAGGAAGAGCAGGAGGAGAUGUAGAUGUUAAAGGGCAUACAGGAAAAGGAAGAAAAUUUGAAAUGCCUAAAUUAGAUGUUUCCUUGCCUAAAUUAAAACCAUCAGAAGGUGAAAUCAACGUUGAAGUUCCCGAUAUCAAGGGUGGAAAGAUUCACAUGCCAAAAUUUGAAAUGCCUAAAUUAGAUGUUUCCUUGCCUAAAUUCAAACCAUCAGGAGGUGAAAUCAAUGUUGAAGGUCCCGAUAUCAAGGGUGGAAAGUUUCACAUUCCCUCUGUAGAUAUCGCAGAGGGAGGGCUUGAACUGGGAGAUGAUACUAAAAAAGGUUUAAGAUUUCACAUGCCCACUGUUGAUAUCUCUGUCCCUAAAAUGAAACAAACCGAUCGUGAACUAAAAGUUGGGUCAGAGAAGAAAGACAUAGACUUGAACUUGACUCAUGAUUCUGAUAUACAGACCAAAGCCUCUGUUGCCAAAAUUAGUGAUUUAAAUGUCCCUGAAGUAACUUUAGGUGGGAACAUCAAGCUGCCAAGUGUGAAAAUACCAACUGUUGACAUAUCUGCUCCUAAAGUUGGCCUGGACUUUACUCUUCCCAAGGGAAAGGGCAGUGAUAGAGAAAGCAUCGAACUUCUUAAGGCGGAGGGUGGAAGGCCGUCAUCUGGGGCAAGUUUUGAUGUUCCAGAAGUCUCUGUAAAAAUGCCCAAAAUUUCACUUCCUAAAUUUGGCAGAAAAUUGAAAAGUGGAGACAAACUAGAACUAGAGAGUCCUGACUUAUCUAUAGAUUUGGAAAUGGAAGAAACAUCACCUUCUAAAAAGGAUACUGAAAUAAUUGGUCCUGACACUGAAAUGAAGAUAAAAGCAGGUGCUGGAAAAACUACAAAACCAGAAUUCAGAGUAGAGGGUUCUGAAGAUAAGAUCAAACCCAAGCUCAAAUUCCCCAAAUUCAAGACACCUACUCCUAAAGCAAAGGUCAAAGAUGUAGAAAUAGGUAUGCCUGGAUAUGUGGAUAACAAAGGAAAGGUCAGAAUGCCAGCAGUUGAGAUAUCAUUGCCAACAGCAAAUAUUCCAGAAUGUGAGGUAUUGCUUCCUAAAACUGAGGUUGAUGUAUCUGAGGCAGAUAUCAGAGGUUAUGAGGGCAGUUUAAAAAUUCCUAAGAUGCCAACAAUUGACAUAUCAGUUCCAAAAGUUGAUUUGGAUGUUUCCUUGCGUAGGGUGAAACUUCAUGAACCAGUGGACUCUUCGGUCUUUAACAUUGAUGGUAGUAGGGGUACAGUAAAUUUUCCCCAUGUCAAGAUCCCUAAAGUAGACAUUUCACUUCCUCAUGCAAAAAUGGGUGAUACAGAUAACCAUGAGGUGGAGGUUGGAAGGAAGGGUAAAUUAAGAAUGCCAGAAGUGGAAAUAUCAUUACCACAUGCAAAACAUUACACAACUUACACUGACACUGAAAUUAAAGGUGAAAAGCUAAAAAUACCAAAAAUAUCAUUGCCUCAUGGAAAGGAAAAUGAUGAUCCUGAUAUAGAAUUUGGAGUGAAAGGGAGUAAAUUAAAAAUGCCAGACAUUAUAGUGCCUAAAAUAGAUUUAUCACUACCUCAUGGAAGGAAAGAAGAAAGUCACACACUUGAUUCAGAACUAGAAGGUGGACAAUUAAAGACGCCAAAAAUUGAUAUACCCCUUCCUAAAAUAAAAUCUAAAGAUGUUGUAAAAUCUAAAGAACUUCAACCUGAUGUAGGAAAAGGUAAAGUCAUGAUCCCUGGGAUUAGGGGAUCUGUGGAAGUAAAAGGUGGACAGUGUAAAAUACCUGAUAUUAAGAUACCACAGGUAGACAUAUCAUUACCAGAAAGUAGAACUGGAGAGUUUGAUACCAAAGAGGGAGAAUCUAGAGGAGGGGGUGGAAAAUUGACAAUGCCAAAUGUUAAAAUCCCAAAACUAGAUAUAGGAAUGUCUAGAGAUGCAGACAUGUCAGAUCCUUCUACUGAUGCAAGCCUUAAGGAUUCACAUAAAGAGGGUAAAAAGACGAGGAUGUCUAAUGUGGAUAUAGAGCUGGAUCUUGGCUUAUCAAGAGACGGAAAAAAGAAUAAAAAGAAAUCUGAACUUCAAGACACUGAUCUGGAACCCGCACCGAAAGAAAAAAUAAAAGGGCCAAAAGUUAAAGGUACAAAAUUUAAUAUUGGAAUGCCAAAAGUAAUAAUUUCUGGAUUAGAAACCGACAUAAAGAAGUCUGGAAAAAUGGAUGCUAAAUUUCUAAAAGGAGGAAUUGAUGCAAACUUGAAAGCUGAUUUACAAGCACCAAAGAUUCCCGAACUUGACUUUGACAUUGAGACUGCCCAAGCUGACACUAAUAAUUCCAAUGAAGAUAAAAAGCAGACUGGUAAAGUUAAAAUUCCAAAGUUUGGGAUUCCUCUGCCUUCUUUAAGUUCACCUGAAGCCCACAUCAAAUCAUCUCAGGGAAAAGGUCACUCUAUAAACAUAGACUCCGAGGUAGAGUAUGAAAGCCCACAUUUGCCAAAAGUAACAAAAGCUGUAUUUGUUAUGGUGAAUCCAGAAACGGAGAGCUCUGCUAGUGUAGGUGGUGAAGCAAGUGCAGAAAUUGGAGAUGUGAAGCUCAAACAGCCAAAGAUCAAAAUGAAGCCAAGUUUUGGCAAGUCAAAAAGUCGAUCAAAUGAAAAGGGGAAAGCAAUAUAUUGCGAAGAUGAGGUGGAAACUGAGGGAAAGUCAAAAACUGGUAAGCUUAAAUUGCCCAAAGUCACAUUUUCUUCUGGGCAGAGAGGAUCAUUUGAUGUAACACCGAGUGGGUCUGAUGAUGGAACAAGUCCAAAUCUAAAUGGUGACAAAGAUGACAAAUCAAUGUUUGGAAAGCUUAAAUUGCCUAAAGUGGAGUUUUUCUCACCAUACUCAAAAGAUGCAAGUGAGGAAGAGGAAAUGGAAACAAGCAUGAAACUCAGGAAGGAGACCUCAGCAGAAAGCAAAGAGAGCAAGGAGUCAAAGACAAUAUCAGGCACAAUGUCUUUCCCAGGUCUCAAGAAGAAAACAGAGAAGGAUGAGGAGGUGAGAAAGAUUAGUACUAUAGUAUUCUCAAAAGCAAGGACUGAAAUGUUGGCAGAACGGGAGGGAUCAGAGUCUCCAGUACCCACAGUGUCAUCUGGAUUCGUUUCUGUAAUGAAGUGUGAAGAAAGAGAGGAGAAAACAUGGUUCAAAGUACCCAAGGUCACCCUUAGUCCCCAUUCUACUGGCAUCCUUCAUAUCACACCAGAAAGCUCUCCAAAAGGAAGCAAGUCCUCUCUUCCUUGCUCUAGCGAGGAAGCCUCUGGAGGUUUCUAUGUGAAGAUGCCAAGCGUAGAAUUUUUGACCCAUGAAAUGCCCUCAGAGCAUCUGAUUACUAAAACAGAGGGAACUCUUACUGUAAUGACUAAGACGACAAAGUAUACAGAAACAAAAUGUACCAGUUCGAAACAGUAACAAUCUCAGUUACAAUCGGUAGUGGAAUAAUAAUUAGGCCUACAUAUUUGUAUAUGUGACAAUUGUUUCAGUCUUGCGGGUGUUAUUCUAUUUAAAGUACAGAAAGCAAACAUAUUUUCUCCAGCUUUUGCAAGAAAAACAUAACUUAUACAUAAUGAAAAUGUUGCUACAAAAAGAAAAUUAUUUAUUAUAGACAUUAUUUUCAUGUUUUGUAACUUGCCAAUCUGUAUGACACUUUAAAUUGAUAUCUUUGUAAAGAUCACACACAUUUACACAAAAAUAUUUUAGUUGUAGAUAAAAAAAAAACAACAUAGGCACAAAUCUGUAGAACAUAGACAGAUGUAAAGAUAUUUAAAAGCAUUACAUUUUUACAUUUGCUCAUGCUUUUCUUGUGCAGUCUUGCAUGACAUUUAUGCUGUAGAAUUACAGUAUUUUGGUAAUAUUGGUUUUUCGAUGCCUGGUUUGUCUCUGUAGUUUUUGGUUGUUGUUAUGGAAUUUUGUUUAUUUUAGAUAUUAUUAGAAAUACAUGUACUAUUUUUACAUAUUUAUAUGCAUGAUCUGUACAGAUAAGACACUAAAAAGAAAGCCUGUAAUGUAGAGUAUUUUUGUGAUACAUAUUUUGUGACUUUUAAGAUGAAUUUAAACAAUAUGAAGUUUUUUUCAUUCACAUUUUCUAAGGAUUGUGACAUGCUGUACCAGAAAGCAUUUCUCUGCUCAGGAGAAAGGCUCUGAAUUAUUAUGAAUUGAAAACACUGAGUGUGACAUUAUUUUCUUUUUAAAAUUAACUCUUGUGUUGGUGAUGGAAUUGACCUACAUGCAAGCAAUAUCAUUGUAUAUAUAUAUAUAUAUAUAUAUAUAUAUAUUACAUUUAAGGCAGGUUUCAUUCUGAACUGCAUGCUUGUAAUGUGUUGCUUUUUUUGAAACAAUCAUUUAGAUGAUGCUUAUCUCCAUCUAAUGCAAAAAUAGAACAGUCAAAUAAAAUAUUAACAUUCUAA